CAACAAACGCCAUCUUGGAAAGUGAACGGAUCGCAUCUGUAGCUUUGUUCGGAAAUAAAAGAAGUUUUUCAUCGCUCGGUGGUUGAAAAAGUUCCUAAAAAUGAAUCGCCGUGGAGUUCGCGACAAUCGUAGUGCUGAACGCAGCAGUGGUCGCAGUUUCGGUGGCGGAGGCGCCUCCAGCCUUAUACGACGCAACGAACGCAACGGAGGGCGGGUGGAAAAGCGCUUCGAUCGUAUGGAGCGAAACGGGGAAAACUUGCGCAGCAUUCGGUGGGAUCAGGUAAACCUGGAAGCUUUUCAGAAAAAUUUCUUCCAGCCCGCCAGCAGCGUCCUCAAUCGGUCGCGGGCAGAGGUCAAUCAGUAUUUGGACAAGAACGAGAUUACGGUGUAUGGAAAGAAUGUGCCGUCGCCCAUCCUUCACUUUCACGAGAGUGGCUUUCCGCAGUACAUGCUGGACGAGAUUGCACGGCAGGGUUUUAAGGAACCGACCUUCAUCCAGGCGGUCGGCUGGUCGAUCGCGAUGAGCGGCCGCGAUAUGGUCGGUAUCGCGAAGACGGGCAGCGGCAAGACGCUGGCCUACAUUCUUCCGGCCUUGGUGCACAUCAGCAACCAACCCCGGUUGGCACGGGGCGAUGGACCGAUUGCGCUCGUGCUGGCACCGACGCGUGAACUGGCCCAACAGAUACAGCAGGUGUGUGAAGAUUUCGGUCGUCGGAUGGGCAUUCACAAUACGUGCGUGUUCGGCGGUGCGUCGAAGUACCCGCAGGCGGACGAUUUACGGCGCGGGGUCGAAAUCGUAAUCGCGACACCCGGUCGGCUGAUUGAUUUUCUCGAGCGCGAAACGACGAACCUUCGGCGCAUCACGUACCUCGUGCUGGACGAGGCGGAUCGCAUGCUGGACAUGGGCUUCGAGCCGCAGAUCCGCAAAAUCAUCUCGCAGAUCCGCCCCGACCGGCAAGUGCUGAUGUGGUCCGCCACCUGGCCGAAGGAAAUUCGCAAGCUGGCCGAAGAGUUCCUGCGCGAUUACAUUCAGAUCAAUAUCGGUUCGUUGAAUCUGGCCGCGAACGAAAACAUUCUGCAGAUCAUCGAGUGCUGCGAGGAGUACGAGAAGGAGACGCGCCUGUUCAAGCUGUUGCAGCACAUUUCAUCGCAGGCCGACGGCAAGACGAUCGUGUUCGUCGAAACGAAACGCAAGGUGGACAAGAUCGUGAACGUUAUCCGGCGACAGGGGUGGCGCGCGGACGGUAUUCACGGUGACAAGUCGCAAAAAGAUCGCGACUACGUGCUGAACACAUUCCGACGCUCGACCAGCGGUAUCCUGGUGGCCACGGAUGUGGCUUCGCGCGGCUUAGACGUGGACGAUGUUAAGUUCGUCAUCAAUUUCGAUUUCCCCAACAACACCGAGGAUUACGUGCAUCGCAUUGGCAGAACCGGUCGUUCGACCAACAAGGGUACCUCGUGCACGUUCUUCACACCGGCCAACGCUUCGAAGGCCGGCGAUUUAAUCAGUGUGUUGCAGGAUGCAAACCAGUUCAUCAACCCGGAGCUGCAUGAGUACGCUCGGGGCAACGGUCGUCAUCGCGGAGGCGGUGGUCGUCAGCGUGGAAACAUGGGAGGUGGUGGCGGUGGGCGUGACCGCGGUGGACCUCGUGGCGGUCGAAUGGGAGGCAGCCGUUUCAGCGAUAAUAAACCUCCGGGCCGUGGUGACGAUGGUGGCUAUCGUAACGGAGGCAAUGACGACCGUGGUCCGAAGUAUCCUCGUAGGGACGAAUUCGGUCGGAACGACCGUGAUCACCGGGAUGGUGCGUCCCGGCCCGGCGGAGGCUACGGAAGUUCCGGAUCGCGUACUGCGAACGGUUUGGGAUCCAAUGGCUAUGGCGCAGGAAGUGUCGCUACCUCGUACGGUGGAGACGAUCGCAGCUACGGUGGACACUAUGGAAGUUCCAGCCAGCCUCAGGGAGCAGCCUUCGGUGGAGCUGUAGCCUACGGUGCUCCCUCAAGUGCUGGUGGAUCUCGCCGAUCGGACGUUGAUCGUUCGCGUGCACCCGGUGUCGGUGGUAGCAUCGGACUGACUGCUACUCCAGCCCUGGCCAGUGCCGUUGCGUAUGGACACCCGAUAGUGCAGCCACUGGCGGGACCGUAUGGUGCUGCAGUGGGCGGGUAUCAGUAUGCUGCCACCAGCGCGUAUCCACCUCGGGGCGUUAUGCCACCAAUGCCCACUGGAGGAAUGUAAACUCCGCGAGCGCCAUAACCCAUCACCUCUUUCUGUCUAUGUUUCGUAUCAUUGGCGAUAAGUACCUCCCGAUAGUUGAUGAAGAACCUGUUUCAUCUCAAAUUAAUCUUUAUCGGCUGAGUUAAUGAGCAUAAAUGUAUAUUAAAAAAAAAGAACUGAGUGAGGGACAGUAAGUAGUAGGAUGAGGGAAACUAACUCGGGAGAAUUUGUGUUGCCCGUAUGAUUUAUAAUUUAGCAUUAUUAUCACCGUCAUCAUAUUAAUGGAUGUAAUUAGGUUUUAAUUUUAUCGAUGGAUUAAACCGGAACAAUGCGGAAAGGAAGAUCAAGUUUAGUUGUAGAUCAGCAUAUAUUUAUCACCAUACGAUGUAACAUUUUGUGAACAUAAAACGACAAAUAUUAUUAAACCACUAUCUGUGCAAC